AUGGCCUUUAGCCCGGUCUUCUGGUUCUAUACCCUCAUUCAGUGGAUCCUCAACAAGAUAUUCUCUCCCAAUCCACCGCCUCCCAAUGCGCACUUGCGCCGGCCUAAAAUCGCUAUCAUCGGUGCUGGGCUUACGGGAGUAGCGGCAGCAGCCCACUGUGUCGGUCACGGGUUCGAGGUGACAUUGUUCGAAGCCGGGGACGAAAAGCAUGUUGGCGGCAUCUGGACGGAUGUCAACACUACUUCCGGUCUACAGAUCCACAGUGUCAUGUACCGAUUUCACCCUUCCGUGCAAUGGAAAGGAGGAUACCCCAAGCAGCACCAGAUUGUCGACCAGGUGCGGCAACUCUGGCAUCGCUACCAACUCGACGAGAGAACGCACUUCAAUACAAAGGUCGAGAAAAUCUACAAAGACAAGCUCGGGCGCUGGAUCAUCAACAAUCCCUCCAAUGGCAGAUUCGACGGGAUCAUCCCUGCUAUUGGAACCUGCGGACCACCGAAAAUGGCACAUCUGCCGGGCCAGGAGACAUUCAAAGGCGACAUUUUCCAUUCCUCUGCCUUGGAUGGUAAGGAAGCCAAGGACAAGAGGAUUCUUAUCGUCGGAGGCGGUGCAAGCGCUGUUGAAGCACUGGAGUGGGCUGUCAACACUGGUGCCGCAGAAAUAAAGGUUCUUGCAAGGUCUGACAAGUGGAUCAUUCCUAGGAACGCUUUUGUGGAUGGACUACUCGCCUUCAAUAUCUUCGGCCAAGAGACCCUCUUGUCUUGGAUCCCUGAGAACCUGCUGCGUCUCUUCUUCUACCGCGAUCUGAGAGAUAUUGCGCCUGCGGACCAAGGGCUUUUCACUGAGACACCAAUGGUCAAUUCGGAGAUAUUCCACCAGAUCCGUGCAGGCAAGGCAGCCUGGCUGCGUGGUGACAUCGAGGAGGUGCGUGAGAAUGGUAUCUUCUUCAACCAUCGAGCCAAGGGCGUGCCCAAAGGUGGACCUGGGCGACAUAAGCUUGUCGAAGGUGAUAUGAUCAUCAUGGCAACCGGCUACAAGCGGCCCAGCCUCGACUUCCUGCCCGACAACUGUUUUGAGGAGGGCUACCAGCCGCCGAGAUGGUUCAUCCAAUGUUUUCCUCCUGCCGAGCCAUCGAUAUGUGCGAUCAACUCGACCUAUGUCUCGGCGGUCGGGACUGUUGGCAACUACCACAUCGGCAUCUAUACUCGGAUGCUGCUGAUGUUCCUCGUCGACCCGCUUACUACACCGCGCACCUGGUGGAUGAAAAGAUGGGUAGAUUUUACCAGCGCGAUCAAGUCGUUGGCUCCGACCAAGGCAUUCGACUUCUUCACCUAUUCGGAGCUGCUUUACUGGUUCUGCUUCAUCACGUUGAUCAAUCCUUUCAGGUGGAAAUGGGCACUGUUUGUGUUCUUCGGCAUCGGAAAGAACCUGCCAGCGAGCAUCGUGGAGCAGGAAGACAGGCUGAGGAAUGGGUUAGGAUACACCAAGGCCGAUUACCACGACUAG